UUGUGGCUUUCAUUACCACAGUGCCUCCUUUUAGAUUCUACUACAGGAAGUCAAAACAAAGAAAUAAGCUCAACGUCUAUUAUAAUUACUCAUCACAAAAGAUUAGUAAGCAAGUCCAGAGGGAAAACAUGCGCUUUUUGUAGUAAAAAAUUAACCUUAAUCGGUGAAAUGAAAUGUGCAUGUGGUGGAACAUUUUGUGCAAAACACCAAUUUUCAAAAGAUCAUAAUUGUGUUUAUGACUAUCGAAGCAAUGAGUCGAAAAAAAUUGAGAAAUCUAAUCCAAAAGUUGCCGGUGAAAAAAUCACAAAAUUUUGA